UUUCAAGGUAAUUUUGUACGUGGCCAAACUAACUCAAAAUGCUGUGACUGAGUUCCAUUAACUACAAUACCUAAAACGAAUGACAAUUAUUAAUUUAUUCUUUCUUUUACGUAGUUUCUGAUGACGAGAUUAUAAUUAUCAUUGAAAGUGCGAUGAAGCCAGACUACCAAAACCAAAAUCCAAAGCAUAAACCCAAAUCCUCUCGACCUGUUCCAGAAUGCAAGACGGAUCAAUGCAUUAAACAGAGCAGGAACAUGUCUCAAAUGAUGGACACAAAUGUCAACCCCUGCACAGACUUUUACCAAUACGCAUGUGGCGGAUGGAUAGCAGAAAAGCUGCCUGGAGACCACGCCAAAUGGACGAUAUUUUCUUACUUAGCUGAGCAGACGGAAAAUAGACUGAAGUAUCUGAUUGAGCAACAGGAACACUCAGAUAACAGUGUGGGAAAACUAGUUUACAAGUGGUACGCGUCCUGUUUGGACCAAGAUGAACGUGACAGACUGGGAGCUGAACCGCUAAAGAAGUUAAUACAAGAUACAAUGGGCGAACAGUUCACACCUUAUGUACCAAAUGACAUUUCUGACGAGGACUGGCAACUAGAAGACGUGCUUGGCGUUGUUCAUCGCGGGCUCGGCGUGUUCCCGUUAUUCACAGUUUCUUUGAGUGUUGAUCCACGAAAUUCCUCUUCGCCAGCACGUCUCUCGAUUGGCCAAGGAAAGCCCCUAAUGAAGUCACGUGAUGUCUAUCUAUCAGAGGAAGAACAUUUAUUAGCGCUGGAGAAAGCAUACUUUGCACUGAUGGCGAAUCUAACAAGACUUCUGGGAGCUCUUGAUUAUCAAGAGGUAGACACGGUUGUACAAGAGCUCAAAUACAUCAUACUUUUGGAGGUUCAAUUGGUCAAGGCCAUGCAAGAUGAGACGAAAUUUGAGAGCAAAGAGAAACGUAGUGACCUCAUAAAAUGGACGAUAAGUGAUUUUCAAGCUAAUCUGCCUGGGUUUAACUGGACAAGAUAUUUCAACAAAUUAACUGAAGGCUUAAGCAACCCUAUCACGGAAUCAGAAGAAAUCUUUGUGGGGGCUCCCAAGUAUCUGGAAGAACUGAUGAAAAUUUUCAAAAAUAGUAAGACUAGGGGGGUGGUUGCUAAUUACAUUACUUGGACUAUCAUUUAUGAAUACGGUCCUUAUCUUUCAUCGGAGUUCCAUGACACAUACUUGGAGUACGCGCGCCAAGCUUAUGGAAUAAAGAAAUCCAGUGAGUUAUGGCGGCGCUGCGUCCGCAAUACAGACGCGUCCAUUGACAUGGGGGUAUCCAUGUUGUAUGUUACUGACAAGGAAAGCGGUGUUACUAAUCAAAGUUUACAUCGAGCCAAUCAAAUGGUUCAAAACAUACGAGAGGCUUUCAUUGAAAACUUAGAAACUGUCAAUUGGAUGGACAGUCAAACAAAACAGGCCGCGAAAGAAAAGGCCGAAGCCAUUUUUCAGCAAGUAGGUUACCCAGAGUUUAUCACGAAUAUAACUGCACUAGAGGAAUAUUUUUCUGGACUGAAAAGUGACCCCAAAAAGUUCUUUCAAAAUCGAUUGAACGAGCAGAAACUUAGAAUGAAAAACACACUGCAAGCAAGAGGAAGCGUUAUGAGUCGUUACAGAUGGGACAUGCGACCGACUGAGAUUAACGCAUACUAUUCACCUCAAAGCAAUAAAAUAGUCGUACCAGCAGGAAUUCUUAGACCUCCAUUUUAUCAUUUUGAACAUCCACACGCGGAGAAUUUUGGAGCCAUUGGAUUUGUGGUUGGUCAUGAGCUUACUCACGGAUUUGAUUCUUCAGGUGCCAUGUUUGAUAAAAAAGGAAACCUAGCAAACUGGUGGGAUGAAGAAUCUCUAGUUGGCUUUUUAAAUAGAGAGCAAUGUUUAGUGAAUGAAUACCAGCAUUAUACAGUUUUAGGACACCAUUUGGAUGGUAAAAAGACGUUAGGAGAAAACACAGCCGACAAUGGUGGAUUAAAGCUUGCCUACAGGGCUUACCACAAGUGGCUUGCUGAGACUGAUCAUGAUAGCACACUGCCUAAUCUUGGUCUCAAUUCCAACCAACUGUUUUUCCUUUCUUUUGCUCAGAUUUGGUGCGAGAGGGCCACUCCUAGCUAUCAACUGACUGAUUUACAAGCCAAUGUUCACUCUCCAGGCAAAUUACGGUGAGUAACUAGUGAAGUAAAAAAAUAAACAAAAUAAAAGGUACCUUUGAUAGGCGUCAAAUUAACGAGAGAUAAACGCUAAAUGCGAUGUCAUCGACGCUAACGUUUUAGUGAUCUUUUUACCAAGUUCUUACGGAAAGUUUAAUUUGGUGAUAAAUGUUAUUGAAUUCAAACUGUGUAAGUUUUCGGGUCAGGACUAAUGACAUGUACAACUCGAACAAUACCGCCCAACGGCAUGAUCAACAUAAUCUAAUCAACAAUUAUUCUACGAGCGCGCGUUGGAUAGCAGAUAAUAGCCAACGAGGUGCAGAGCGCCGAGUUGGCUUUAACCAUCUC